AUGCAGCUAGAUUUGAUCAAAAAAGUCGCAGAGAAGCUCUUUCCUUCGCAUCAGCAUGGCGGAACAUUGAGCCUCUCAGAGUUCCGGACAAUAGGGAAUCUCGCCCCCGUUCUCGUCCUUAUCCCAUGGGCCAAUGCCCUGAGCCUCACACUUUGCUUUUUGCAGCAUAAACACAUGCCCCUGUACCUAUCCUCAGCGGCGCUGGCGUUUCCCCUUUAUCUUGAGCUUUCUCUGCACCCAAGAGGCGGCGCAGGAUAG